GCUUUCAACUGCCUGUUAGCAUUUAGCUUGUUACAGCUUUGUCUGUACUGGCAAACACAAUAAGGAGUAACCCCAUAGAUUUGUGUGAUGGUAGAGUAAAAAUUAGCACGUUUAUGUUGCAAAUAUGGCGCUCACAAUGGAAUCUCAACUCCAGAACAUCUUUGAAGAUGUUGUGAAAACGGAGAUGAUAGAAGAGGCCUUUGCUGGGAUGUUUAUGGACACUCCAGAGGAUGAGAGGACUAAACUGAUCAGUUGUCUUGGAGCCUUCAGACAAUAUUGGGGAACACUACCACAGGAGUCUCAUGAGCAGUGUGUACAGUGGAUAGUUCGGUUCACGCACGGCCAGCACAGUCCCAAAAGAAUCUCCUUCCUGUAUGACUGCCUAGGUAUGGCUGUGGAGACCAGCCUGUUACCACCCAGGAUGGUGUGUGGCGCUCUGAUAAGCUCUGAUAGUUUGGAGUGGGAAAGGACACAGUUGUGGGCACUAACAUUCAGACUUAUUCGCAAGAUCAUUGGAGGGGUGGACUACAAGGGGGUUCGGGACCUGUUGAAAGCUGUUUUAGAUAAAAUUCAGACAGUUCCUACUGUUGUCAGCUCAGCUAUUCUCCAACAACUUCUAGCCGCCAGAGAGGUAGUGGAGUAUAUCCUGGACAGAAAUGCCUGUCUUCUGCCGGCCUACUUUGCAGUCACUGAAAUCAGAAAACUUUAUCCAGAGGGUCAGUUGGCACACUGGCUUCUAGGUAGCUUGAUAUCAGACUUUGUGGACAGUUUCAGACCCACAGCCAGAAUCAACUCAAUUUGUGGACGAUGCAGCCUGCUACCCGUGGUCAACAAUAGUGGGGCCAUCUGUAACUCCUGGAAGCUAGACCCCACCACUCUCCGCUUCCCUCUGAGGGGCAUGUUGCCCUUUGACAAGGAUCUCUUUGAGCCCCAGACGGGCUUACUGCGCUAUGUACUGGAACAGCCGUACUCAAGGGAGAUGGUCUGCAACAUGCUAGGACUCAACAAACAGACUCUGAACAUUGCCCAGCAAAAGCAGCGAUGCCCGGUGCUGGAGGAGCAGCUGGUGGACCUGGUGGUGUACGCGAUGGAGCGAUCGGAGACUGAGGAAAAGUUUGACACAGAUAUCGGAGGAACCAGCCAGCUGCUGUGGCAGCAUCUCUCCUCCCAGCUCAUCUUCUUUGUGUUGUUUCAGUUCGCAAGCUUCCCACACAUGGUGCUGUCAUUACACCAAAAGCUUGCAGGUCGAGGUCUUAUCAAAGGGAGAGACCACCUAAUGUGGGUCCUGCUCCAGUUCAUAUCGGGAAGCAUUCAGAAGAAUGCCCUAGCCGACUUCCUGCCUGUCAUGAAGCUCUUUGACCUGCUUUACCCUGAAAAAGAGUGCAUCCCUGUUCCCGACAUCAACAAACCCCAGUCGACUCAUUCUUUUGCUAUGACCUGCAUUUGGAUCCACCUGAAUCGCAAAGCUCAGAGUGACAACUCCAAACUACAGAUACCAAUACCACACUCUCUGAAAUUGCACCACGAGUUUCUCCAACAGUCACUGCGUAGUAAGACCCUGGGUAUGUCUGACUAUAAGAUCGCCCUGCUGUGUAACGCCUACAGCACCAACUCAGAAUGCUUCACCUUGCCUAUGGGCGUCCUGGUAGAGACGAUCUAUGGCAACGGAUCUAUGAGGAUCAACCUGCCCGGCAUCAACUGUGUGGCAUCAGGGUCUGUCACCCCUCUGCCGAUGAACCUGCUGGAUUCACUCACAGUACAUGCAAAGAUGAGUCUGAUCCACAGCAUUGCCACCCGUGUUAUAAAAUUGGCCCAUGCUAAGUCCAGUGUUGCUCUGGCUCCUGCCCUGGUGGAAACAUACAGCAGACUGUUGGUCUACAUGGAGAUCGAGUCACUGGGCAUCAAAGGAUUCAUCAGCCAGUUGUUGCCCAAUGUGUUCAAGUCUCACGCGUGGGGCAUCCUGCAUACGUUGCUGGAGAUGUUCAGCUACAGGAUGCAUCACAUUCAGCCGCACUACAGAGUCCAGCUGCUCAGUCAUCUGCACAGUCUGGCUGCUGUUCCUCAGACCAACCAGAAUCAGCUGCAUCUUUGUGUUGAGAGCACAGCUCUGCGGCUCAUCACAGCGUUGGGGAGUUCAGAGGUGCAGCCGCAGUUCACCCGCUUCCUCAACGACCCCAAGACGAUUCUCUCAGCCGAAUCAGAGGAACUAAAUCGAGCCCUUAUCCUCACCUUGGCCAGAGCCACACACGUCACUGACUUUUUCACAGGAUCAGACUCCAUCCAAGGGACUUGGUGUAAGGACAUUCUGCAGACCAUCAUGACCUUCACGCCUCAUAAUUGGGCUUCACACACACUAUCCUGCUUCCCUCCUCCACUACAGGCGUUCUUCAAGCAGAACAAUGUUCCUCAGGAGUCACGUUUCAACCUGAAGAAGAACGUAGAAGAGGAGUACAGGAAGUGGAAGUCGAUGGCUAAUGAGAACGACAUCAUUACCCACUUCUCCAUGCAGGGCUCACCCCCUCUGUUCCUCUGUCUACUGUGGAAGAUGCUGCUGGAGACAGACCAGAUCAACCAGAUUGGCUAUAGGGUCUUGGACCGUAUCGGCGCUCGAGCGCUGGUGGCUCAUGUGCGCACAUUUGCCGAUUUUCUGGUCUAUGAGUUCUCGACCUCAGCUGGAGGACAACAGCUCAACAAGUGCAUUGAAAUACUCAAUGAUAUGGUUUGGAAAUACAAUAUAGUCACUCUGGACAGACUCAUUCUGUGUCUGGCCAUGCGUAGCCAUGAAGGGAACGAGGCUCAGGUGUGUUACUUCAUAAUCCAGCUGCUGCUGCUGAAGCCCAACGACUUCAGGAACCGAGUCAAUGAUUUUGUGAAGGAGAACGCCCCCGAGCACUGGCUGCAGAGCGACUGGCACAAUAAGCACAUGAGCUACCACAAGAAAUACCCAGAGAAGCUGUACUUUGAGGGUCUUGCAGAACAAGUCAACCCUCCCAUGCAGCUCCAGUCUCAGUACUUGCCAAUCUACUUUGGCAAUGUGUGCCUGCGCUUCCUGCCCGUCUUUGACAUUGUCAUCCACCGUUUCCUGGAGCUUCUUCCUGUCUCCAAGUCUCUGGAAACGCUGCUGGAUCAUCUGGGAGGACUUUACAAGUUCCAUGACCGGCCAGUCACCUACCUGUACAACACACUUCACUACUACGAGCGGCAUCUGAGAGACAGAACAAACCUAAAGAGAAAACUGGUGCACGCCAUCAUGUCGUCUCUAAAGGACAACCGAACCCCCGGUUGGUGCCUGAGUGAAACCUAUCUGAAGUUUGGCAUGAAUCCCAGAGAGGACAACGUCUGGAUCCCCGAUGACACCUACUACUGCAAGCUGAUCGGACGCCUGGUGGAUACGAUGGCGGGGAAGUCACCCGGUCCGUUCCCCAACUGUGACUGGAGAUUUAACGAGUUCCCCAACCCGGCGGCCCACGCCCUGCACGUCACCUGUGUCGAGCUGAUGGCUCUGGCAGUACCCGGAAAAGACGUGGGCAACGCUCUGCUCAAUGUGGUUUUGAAGAGCCAGCCCCUGGUUCCCAGAGAAAAUAUCACAGCAUGGAUGAAUGCCAUUGGACUUGUGAUCACUGCACUGCCUGAACCCUACUGGAUCGUUCUCCACGACCGCAUCGUGUCUGUGAUCGGCUCUGCGACCCUGACGUCCGAGAUGGAGUGGGCAGGUUACCCCUUCGCCCUGCUGGACUUCACCGCCUGCCACCAGAGCUACAGCGAGAUGAACUGCAGUUACGUGCUGGCGCUGGCGCACGCCGUCUGGCAUCACUCGUCUAUCGGGCAGCUGUCCCUGAUUCCCAAAUUCCUGUCAGAGACCCUGAAGCCCAUCGUCCAGACGGAGUUCCAGUUGCUCUAUGUGUAUCAUCUGGUGGGGCCGUUCCUGCAGCGCUUCCAGCAGGAGAGGACGCGGUGCAUGUUGGAGAUUGGUGUGGCCUUCUAUGAGAUGCUCCAGGCUGUGGACCAGCACUGCCAGCAUCUCAGCUACAUGGACCCCAUCUGCGACUUCCUCUAUCACAUCAAAUACAUGUACACUGGAGACAGUGUGAAGGAACAGGUGGAGAAAAUCAUCAUGACUCUGCGUCCGGCCAUGAAGCUGCGUCUGCGCUUCAUCACACACAAGAUCGAGACGUCGUCAGUCGUCGCCGCUGCCUCUUCCUCCACCCCUCAGCCCGCUCCCCCGUCCCUCUCCUCGUCCGCUGCAGCUGCGUCGCCCUCCUCCUCACAGCACACACACAACCCCAUGUAGGCAGACUGGAUAAACACUGUCGUGCAUUUGUUUUUUUGUGAUUCCCAGAUUGAACAUUCAGGAACAAAAACCCUGGCGAGCUGCCUGUUUGUUCUGGGCUUGAGUCCUGAAACACAAAAAACCCCACAUUACACAUUAAACAGCCUGCAGCCCUGUUUAAUCAUUGACAUGAAUUCAGAAGAGCUGAUUUAGUUACAGAGAAUCAUGACGUGAACAAUCUUUAAGCAUUGAAACGACUCCUAUCAAGAAACUCAAGAAACACAUGCACUCUUUUUUUUACCAAUGUCUAUUAGUUUUCAGUGUAACCUCAUUUUUAUACUGUACAAUAAUAUGGCUUCAUUAAAAUAUUUUGCUAUUCUUGUUUCAA